AUGAACAAGUCCCCCGAUUCGAACGACACGCGAUCACCGGCGCGAAAAAAAUCAAAGUCAUUGGCUCAAUCACGCAAAACAUAUUUCUUUAAGCCACAGAACACUCUAGCAUUCAGUCCAAACGCAUCUUCCUCGAUAGACGCCACCUUCCGAGCACCUGCCAAACAACCCAAUGCAGAUGAAUUGGGAAAUCAGAAGCCCGAAGCUCCUGCUCAUACAGUUUUAGUACUGGAUCUGAGACUACCGAGUCUGCAAGAACAUGGUAUGAGACCUGAGAUUGCUAACCGUACUCUACUUGCAAGAAACAAUGACAAACCGAAUGAGCAACAGAGUUCAGAUGAUAGUUUCGAUGGCGUGCGCUGGCGUUCCGACCAAAAACUCUCCAAAUUCUCUCGCCCUAUCCUAUCUUCUCCCUUGAAGAGAUCCGAAAUUAGAGAUACUUCUGAAAAACCCGUAGAAUCCAUCACAAACGAAAUAACAGAUUCAAUGCUCACAAAAUAUGGUGUUGGAUUGGAGAACAGUUUAUCGCAGACUCCUCAUUUUCUGAGAGCCUACUCUGAUAUGCCCGCUCUAAGCUCGGAUGCAUCACCCUCGUUAAGCCGAUCGAAAUCAUUUGAUCCAAACUCCCUCACCGCUCGAAAUGACCAAUUACAAGAUGGCCAUGGCACUUAUGAAUAUGGUCUUCAUAGAUGGAUCGAUCAAUUCGACGACACUCCCUAUAAAAAUUCUUCAAACGAGGUCCGUAUUGAAGAGAGACCUCCUGUCACACUCCUGGAAUCUAACUUGCUACAUUCUAGUCCUAAAGAAACAGCCUCAUUACAGCAUGAAAAGACUAUAGAGCCGGAUGACGAUAACCUCUCAUCCGAUGAUGAUUUGUUUCUCGCAAACCUUAGAGUUGACAGCUUAACUCAAUCAGCGACAUCAAGUGUGCACCCCAAUAAUGCUACCAACUCAUUGGAUCAUGCGACUAAUCUGCUGGUAUCUGACGAAGAUGCGGACCCCUUCUCUGAUGAGCUUGAUAUCCUGUUUUUGAACACCCUUGCAACCCAGCCCUCCACAAAUACUACUGGUCAGAAAUCCACUAAUGACAGGAAGUCCGAGCCAGAUGCAACCUGUGAAAAUGAAAUGUAUGUAGAGAUUGACGACGGACCGAAACUUUCAUACGAACGGCCUGACUUUGCCCGGUACCAAUUAAAAUCUAUACUACGUUCGUCAUACCAACAUCAAGGUCAUAAAAGAAAUCAACUCAUCCUCUCCGUUGUGGACUCAUUUGGCUUAGACGCAAAGCUUGUCGUGAGAGGAGAGGCUAGCGAGCUCAACCUUAUGGUUAAUGACAUUAUCCAUGUCAUACAUACAUAUCCUGACAAUCAGAAAUUGAUUGACGAUGCUCAUAAUCUACUUAUAUGGAACCCAGAUAUACUCAUUUCAUCAACUGUUGUGGCAGAUCAAAUAUUUUGUCCUCGCAAAACAGUCCUCCUCAAAAGAUACUCUUUUCCAGGCGCCCUGUCUCUCCCUUUGAUUCUUGGUACAAUAGUUCACGAGAUAUUUCAGAUUUGCAUGAUCACUGAAAAAUUUACAUUAGAUUUUAUGGAGAAUCUAUUGAGUGAAGAAGUUCAAAAGAAUCUUUUUGAAAUAUUUUCAAUCGGUGACAUCGUGGAGGAGCUAAAAUCAGAAGCUCGCAAACAGUUUAAAUUUUUGCGUGAUUGGUUUCUCCAGUAUUACAAAACAAGACCUAGAGAAAUCCCCACCAACAAAAGGCAGCAAAAAGUGAAGUUUUCAGUGGCAGAAAUUCUUGAUAUUGAGGAAAGUGUUUGGUCCCCCAUGUUUGGAUUGAAAGGAAUUGCAGAUGUUACUAUAAAAGCCAACAUUGGUGGCGACACUGGUACAGGUCAAUUUCUUCUUCCCAUGGAAAUUAAAACCGGUCGUCCACAUUUGAGCCAUCAAGCGCAAGCUGCCUUGUAUUCUCUUUUAUUCAAGGAUAGGUACAAUGUUGAAAUCUCAUCAUUUCUUCUUGUAUAUUCGCUGGACGAAGGUUCUACAACAAAGCACACAAUCUCAACACCCGAUCUUCGCUCGCUAGUGAAUUUAAGAAACAGAAUCUCGAGCUUCUUGAAGCCAGGUGAUCAAAGCCUUCCUGACUUGAUAAGACGGCAAGAAUGCCAAAGGUGUGUUGUGCGUGAUAGCUGCAUGACCAUCAAUUACAUGAUUGAAGAUGGUCUACCCUCCGAAAGUGGCCUUGAAGAAGAUCAGUACGUUGAACUUGUCGAGCAUUUAAAUAACCAUCCGGAGUACGGACAAUUUUUUAAAUUUUGGGACAAUUUGAUUUCUAAAGAAGAACAAUUUCAAUCAAGAGUCAACAAAGAGCUAUGGGUGAUGACAGCUAAAGAAAGAGAGAAGUUGCGCGGCAAAGCGCUAGGUGAUUUGAUCAUUAGUAAGUGUUUAGAUGAAGACGUUAAUUCUAACUCAUAUGUUUAUGUCUUUCGGAGAAACAAAGAUGGAACUAAUGAGUCAAUGUUAAACACUCAAAUUGGAAAACAUGAUAGGAUCAUUGUGAGCGACCAAGAGGGUCAUUUUGCCUUGGCGCAAGGUGUUGUCACCUUUAUUGAUGCACGUUCAAUUACAAUCCUGACUAGAAGACAAAUUGUUGGAACUCAUAAAAAGUCAGACAUUUUUCACAGAGCUCAGGUUUUGCACAAAUCUCAGAGUCCGAUAUCACAAGGAAACGAGGUUGUAUUUCGCAUAGACAAGGAUGAAUUUUAUUAUGGUAUGGGCUUGGCGAGGUUCAACAUACUUAAUUUAUUCCUCGCUCAAGGUGACCUGAAGAGACGCGACUUGAUAGUUAAUUUGCGCCCACCGACGUUCACUUCUUCUCCUCAGUUUCUCAUAGACGGAGACGAGGAAUGUUUUAAUGAUGAUCAGCUAUUGGCCUUCAAACGUGUUAGUUGCACAAAGGACUACUGUUUGAUUUUGGGCAUGCCUGGCACUGGUAAAACGACAGUUAUUGCACACCUCAUCAAAAUGCUAGUCAAUUCAAAAAAAACUGUUCUUUUGACUUCCUAUACAAAUUCAGCCGUUGAUAACAUCCUUCUCAAGUUACUACAACUCGGAGUGGAUUUCAUUAGGACGGGUCACUUUACGAGAGUUCAUCCUGAAAUACGACCUUAUUGUGUCAGUUCAGACCAAAAGCAAAUAAAUACCUUCCGUGACUUUGAGCGAGAGAUUACAGAGCCGUAUGUUGUUGCAACCACUUGCUUGGGUAUGAAGGACUUGAUCUUCAGCGUCAGAACCCUGUUUGAUUAUUGCAUUGUUGAUGAGGCAUCGCAAGUUUCGAUGCCGGUCAGCAUAGGGCCCAUUUCACGUUGUGACAAAUUUGUUUUGGUAGGAGACCAUUUUCAGCUCCCUCCAUUGGUAACUCACCCCGAUCCUGAUGUACGGCAUGGUCUCUCCAAGUCAUUGUUCCAAUAUCUAGCUGUCGAGCAUCCCGAGAGUGUCGUAGAGCUCCAUCAUCAAUACCGUAUGAGCAAGGAAAUCAUGGAAAUUUCGAAUGUUUUGGUUUAUGACAAUCGUUUACAAUGUGGGUCAUUGGAAGUAGCAAAUCAAAAGCUCGUUCUCCCGCGCCCCUCUGGUUUUCUGUCCACUAGCCCUGGACAAAAUGACAUUUCUUGGAUACAACAUGCUCUCAACGAAGAUACCCAUGUCGCAUUCUUUAAUCAUGACCCAAUUGCUGCUUUUGAAAAGUCGGUUGGAGAAAACAUAGUCAACCCUACCGAGGUCAAUCUCACUGUACAAUUAGUUAAUGCAUUUUGCGCAUCAGGAGUAGAUCCUGCCGAUAUUGGUGUCAUGACCUUAUACAAAGCGCAGCUCAAAUUGUUGCUCGAUGCGUUUGAGCACAUUCCGGAACUCGAGGUUUUGACUGCUGACAGAUUUCAAGGUCGAGACAAAAAAUGUAUUAUAAUAUCUAUGGUUCGGGCGAAUCCUGAAUGUCGCUCUGGAGCCUUGUUGAAAGAUUGGCGAAGAAUAAAUGUUGCAGUCACCAGAGCUCGAUCCAAAUUAAUAAUUUUUGGCUCUGAAAAAACGAUGUCAACUGCAGAAUCUGCUCGCAAGUUCACUGAUUUGUCAUCAAGAAAAGGCUGGACCUUUAAUUUGACUCAGUAUCCGGAAGCUAUAGGAGAUACUCAACAGUUUCGAAGCACAAAGAUACAAAGUGGAAAACUUGCUCCUGCAGCUUUACAACGACACCCAAUCUUGAAAAAUAUUCUAGAUGAUAUGAUUUAA